UGUGAAUAAGGCAACACCCUUGGUGUAGUAGUGAACCAUGUUGUGUGAAAAGUGGGUUAAAAACUCAAAAGUGUGUUGAAAAUCUAAUUCUGUGAGAUUCUCAGAGCUGUUGGUGGUAAACAGAUUGGUCAAUAUUGCUUAAAGUCCUUUCACCGGGAAGAGGAACCGGCCGGGUUACCUGGUAGUUGAUAAUAGUGCAUUACAGUUUGUAAGUAUUGAUGAAAAGCUAGUAAAUCUACUACUAGUAGCUGCAAUGUGAUACAAUAGACACUGCGUAUUUGGCAAGCCUUGAUCAAUACGACGUUAGCGCUGAGACAGAACAUAGAAUCAACAGUGUGAAGUGCAAUAAAGACACAAAAGUGACACUAAAGGUGCAAACAAGGAAACUUUCCAUCGACUAAUUCAGGACAGAGGGAGACAUCGCCAACUUUCAUGAUGCAUUCCAUGGGCUUACAUUCGGCACUAGCCAUCAAGCGUCAGCGCAAACGAAGAGAAGAGCAGAAGAAAGCGAGAGAGAGACGAUACAGCACACAGUCCACGGAGAGUGGGCUCGGAGAGAGCCGCUCAUCUUGUGCGAGUCCUCGCAACAGUAUGGGUAGUCUGGACUACCGCAAGGGGAAAAAAGGGCAGAAGAAACCUAGGACAACUCCUCCAGCUCACGACAAAGUAGUCUCGACCGUAGGGAUGCUGCACAUUGGUGUCGUCUUCUUAGUUCUUGGAGCUUUUCUCAUCGGCUCCGGUCUCGUUCCCGACGACAUAGAGCACUGGAAGAACCCUCCUGGUGGGUCGUACUUCAACGAAAUCGUACUCGCUGGAAUCUUCGCGCUGGGUUUGGGCAUUUUCUUGAUAAUUUUGAACGCAGUCCUAGCAAAAAAAGAGGAGGACGAUCUCACUGCCUACGUAGAACGGCAAUUGAACCGUACACGAUCUGGACAUAGACUGGUCAGAGAUGUGGAAACUGGAAAUUUAACCACCAAACACGAACAGAGAGCAAAAGAAGCCGAAGAGAAGAUGUCAACAUUGAACACAACACUGGAGGACAUCACUCCGAUCCAUUUCAGUCCGACGCUGCGAUCGCCACCUCCACUGUCAGCCUCGACCCCGAGAUCAGACCUGGAGAGGAUACUAGAGGAAGAGAUCUCCGAGAAGGGAGAAGAUGACAACCGGAUCAUGGAGAGAUUCAACAAAGAAACACUUUCCAACAAUAGUUCAUCGGGAGCAGACUACGAUACCAGAGAACUUCUACAAACAAGAUACAACAAUUAUUCCAAUCAUAGAUAAAUGUUCAUCUUCAUCUGUAAGGAAUUGUACUCAUUUCCAGAUCUCAUGAAGAGACUAUAACUUUCUACAUCUCGUGAAGCUGAAAGCUCUAGACCUCAGGAUGUGAAAUCCAAUACAUCUAUAAAUAUACAAAUUAUCUCUGAGAUCUGAUCUAGUGUAACGCACAGACUAUCACUUCGGUGGAUCUUUUUGAAUUUCUUGUUUGCGAAAUCUUUAUAGCUUGUAGACCCACAUAGAAUAUACUGUAGUAGUACUUUUGUUUCAUUACAUGCCUAGCUUAAUUUAACCGCGCAUAGUGUGCUUGUCAACUUGUCAGAGGUAGAGGCCGGCAUGUAUAGGGUUAAAGAAAGCAUUUGAUAAGUUCAUGUCUUUAAAUAGUUUUUAUGAUAAUUAUUUAUAUAUCUGUACAAAUUAUGUAUAUUAUGUAUUUUACUUCUGGCGAAAUAUUUUUACUUAAUUUCUUACAAGUAUUGUUUUGUUUUUACCAGUACUUAAUAUACGAUGACAAUGUUUAUUAAAUUUACCAACAAUUCCAUCACAGAGCAGUAUGAUAUCUUACUUUUCUGUGGUUCUAUGAAGACUCCUGGCAGGAGAAAAAACAAUACGCUUCUAAGGUACAAAUAAAUGAACAGAUCAUAUGUUAUGAAGUUGUUGAUUCUUAUGAAAAUAUGUUAUUCAAGUAACAAAUUGUUCUAUAGUAAAUUAAGAUUUAUUGUUUCUUGUAACUUGAAGUCUUGUCAUACAAUGGCAAAAAUUCAAGCUAAGCAAACUUACUCAGUGUUCUUUAAAGUUUUUUUUUUUAUUAUCUUACACCACACUUAGACGUUUGGAGUUUUAUAGUUUCUUUAUCAGAAAACUCGUCCUUAAAGAAAGGGCCAUUACUUGAGUUAACAAGGGCAAUGGUAUUUUGAUUUUAUUUUAAUAUUUUAAAGAGAGGCCUUAGAUGUGGCGAUUGAAUACUUCCAUUGUUUUAAAAUCUUGUCUUGAUACAAAGUCCUUUUUAUAAUUUGAUAUGAACUAGCCUAUGUUAGUAAAUCAUUUAGAAAUGAUAUCUGUGAUACGAAGUGUAAGAAUUGUAUAUCUUCAAGAUGGAUUGCAUACACAUUGUUGACUUGCUGUUUUAUUUGUGUGUCUAUAUAUAUGUAAUUAUCUCAGUGGCAUUUUUCAUAUUAUUUUCCUACAAAAAGAUCAAAACCAGGUUCUGUUACUAUCUUGUUUUACUUUGUACAGUAGUUUAUUUACCAUGUUCUGGGAUGAUAUUCAGACAUUUUAAAUACACUCUAAGUGAAUCCCAGACCGCCACACCAGCACAACACGCUAAUCAUUGUAAAUAGUCCAGACUUCAAGUUACAAUUACGUAGUAUAGUAGGCAAUGUAGUAUGCAGAAACACUAGCCAAUAUUGAUAAUAAAUUGAUUUACAACGUGGUCAAGUAGCUCCAUAGUCCUAUACUUUAGUACGAUUGCCUGGAAUUAUUAAUAUUGGUGUUUGUAGUUGUAUGUGAUUGUGAUUUUUCUUUUCGAUCUACUGAUUGAUGAAUGAAAGCCAUUAAUUGGUCUAUUGUAUUAUCUGUUAAAUAAAUAUAAAACCAGAUAAGUGUUAAUUUGUUAAAAAAGUAAAAAUAUUUAAAGCCCUAAUGAAAUCUUAAUAGAUGAGACUUAUGAUCCCUAUUUAUUUCCAGAUCAAAAAUACAUUUUUAUAGUUACUAUACAAAUUUAGGUACUUUUGAAUAAUCAGUUGUUUUAUGCAGUAUAAGCAAUCAAAAAUAAUUCUUUUUGGUGAUUAAAUAAGGUGGGAGGAAUUGAUAUUGUCGUAUUCAGACAAUGCACUAUUUGUAUAUUCUGUUAUAAUACCACAUUCAAACUAAGGCUAGUGGAUUCUUUUGUUAAAAUAUGACCAUUCAUUAAAAAAGUUACAGAUUUACUUUUUUUAUAAAAUGUUAUGUAUGUAUGUAUGUUUUUUUACAUUUUGACACACAUUGCCUAUUAUACUAUCUUAAAUUAUAUAACUGAAUUUAACAAAAAGUCUAUCAAUGAAUAUAUAUAUUUUUACAUUGCCCCAGAGGCCGAAAGACAGGUGCUAUGUUCCUAUAACUAUUGCAAAACAUUCAUUCCUUAUUUAUAGUAUUUCCUUAUUUUAUAAUAUUUAUUUAGGAAAGUCCAUUAUUUGCGAGUGAGUUUGUAAGACAUUGAAAGCAGCGUGAACUUAAAGAAAGUAAAUAUACAAGCUCUAGCUCUAUAUUAUUAUUUAUUAUUGAUUUUGUAUUACAACUGUCAUCAUAAUUUCCAAUUGACAGGUUUGAAUUCAUAAGUAUAUAUAUUUUGUAAUCUAUUAUUAUAUUUUUCUACAGUAAUGUUUGUAUCAAAAUAAAUGCCUGUUGUAAGAGAUUUAUUUCAUCAUUAUAUACUAAGAAAAAUUACUAAUCCUUAUAUUAUAUUUGCAAAAGUAUAAGAUUUCGUGUUAUUAACAUUUAAUUAUGUUUGACUCCUAAAAUAUAAUUUGAUAAUACCGGUACUGGUAAAUAUGGUACUGGUCUUGAUGCGUAUUAAAUAAAUCAUUUUAUGCUAGUAGUAUUAUGACGUGUUUUUAUCUCCAUCUUGUAUAAUUGUUAACUCAUAGUAAAUUACAACACUUACACCACUUAUU